GUGAGAUUGAGGAGGGAGUGGAAAAAAGAAGGAAGGAAGGAGGAAGGAUGAGCGCUGUGUAGAUAAUGUUUCUCUAUGUAGCCUGUGAUUUACACCUGCGAUGAUCUAAAGCAAAGCAAUACAGAGCCAUCUCUAAAAGCCAUAAAGCAGUCCGCAAAUGUGAUGCACAAUUUUGCACAAUCAAAGCAACAUCGCGCUUAUAUUGAGUGGAUGUUAUAUUUAAACUCUCCGUGAACGGAUAUUGUGUUUAUAUUCUUCGGGUCGGUCCUGCUGGAGCUGCACCGGGCCUUUGCUAUGCAGUAAUGGAGCAGCUAUUAUUUCUUAUAAUUUUCUACUUGCUUCCUACUCUCAUCUCGUCCAUACAUAAUUCAACGACCGGAGGAUGUGCAAUCAUUCGUCCCCCCAGAGACGGAGGGAUUCGCUACAGAGGACUGACUCAGGAACAGAUCCGCAGUGUGCAGAUCUUGCCAGAAGAUUAUGAGAUAGAAUAUAUCUGUAGAGGAAGCAGAAUUAUUGUGGGGCCCAAGGUCCGAAAGUGCCUCCGCAAUGGCACCUGGACUGACAUGAACCAGCUCAGCAGAUGCUUAUUGGUUUGCCCGCGUUCCUGGAUGUCUCUGGAGAACGGGAGGGUGGCGCUGCAGCCCCCUGGACAGCCAGUAGAGGGCACAGUUCUUCGCUACAGCUGUCAUGCAGGCUUCCUAUUGGAGGGUUUCAGUAUCUCACACUGUACCAAGCUGGGCAAAUGGGACUCUCCUAAACCACUCUGUGUCUAUGACCGUAACUAUACAGGUAAGACAUAAAAUAAUCUAAUAUGGUUAUCUAAUUUUUUAUGUCAGAGGUCACAUUUCCCUAGACUGUGUCCUAGGUCACAUCUCAUGUCAGAGAUCACAUUUACAAAGAAUUUCCCUAAAUGCUGUUACAGCUC